AGAGAGAGAGAGAGAGUGCGCAGUGAUACACAGUUGGUUGGACUCCUCAUUGAUUAGUUCCCCAUCAGCGAUCGAUCACAGCGGACUGAUCAUCGGCGGUCGGAUCAUGCUCGCAUCUUCGAUCCUCAGACUCUAUGUGCUGUGGGCCUUUGUGGGGGUCGCGACCUCUGUGACCAAGCCCGCCCAGAGGAAGGUUUCGGGUCGGCGGUCAAGACAGGUGUUUGAGGCAGAGCCUGUGGAGGGGGUGUGGUCAUUCUGGGGGGAGUGGUCGGAGUGCACGCAGACAUGCGGCGUGGGCAUCUCACAAAGAACCAGGAAGUGUUUACCGCCUCCACAAACCUCCCCCGUCGCUUUCCCGCAGCCCAGCUGGGCCGGGUAUGUACCCGGAGGCCCAGUCAUCGCCUCCAUGCGCCCCUACCAGCCUUCCCGCCAACACACGCCCCUCCACUCCCCCUUAUCUAAUCCUCACAACCAGGGGGUGUCGCUGUAUCGUGACACCCCAACGACGGGGGGUGGAGGAGCGAGCGACCCGUCCUCACCUUUCUAUCCAGCGGAAUACCCGGCAUCCAAUCAGAACCGGGUGUCCGUCUACCGGUCCCCCUACCGCGCUCCUUCCCGGGGCUACAACGCGCAGACACGCACCGUCAGAAGGCCCACCAACCCAGCAGCAGUCAGGGGAGCAGGAGGGGGCAGAAGGUCCACCAGUAGGGAGGGCUUGCCUGUGAGAAGGUCUUCGGCCAUCCAACCGGGUCAGUUUGGCUACGGGAAGGUGCCCUUCUCUCUGCCCUUGCACCGGCCCAGUCGUCAGGCUCGCCACACUGCCAACGGUACGGACGCCAUUUUGGUUCAACUCGACGACGGCGAGGAGGAGGAGGAGGAGGACACGGACAGGCCGGCGGCCGCCACCACUGCCGCUGUCGCUACGGCAACGCCACUAUUACACAGGAAGGCCAGAUUCCCGCCGGCUCCCCACUUCCCGCCUCCCCCCUCCUCAACGGGUCACCGGCGAACGUUCGAUUGGCGCUCCGUCACGGCGCCGCCACCUCCCACUCCCCAACUCUUGCACCGUAACUCGCCCUCCGACGCCGCCGACGCCACUUUGCCCUACUCUUACUCUCUUCACUGGCCCUCGCACAGAGAAAGUGUGCCCAACACGGGCUUUGGUCCCCAAACUCCACAGCCCGCCAAUGUCUACCCAUUCCAGCAUGCCCACGGAACGCAUCAUGGAGGAGACGCCAGGAGACCGCCACCGGUCGUCAGAUGCUCGGGGACAGAGAAGGAAUAUCGCAGGUGCUUCUCUCAGGUAUGUGCCGGAGCACCAGUGGACUCCCGCGCCGAGCAGUGCGCCACCUUCAACAGCAAGGAGUUCAUGGAUCGCCUCUACAACUGGGAGCCUUUCACUGAGGUGGGUCCAGACAAGCAGUGCGAGCUCACCUGCAGACCGGCAGGCUAUCGCUUCUACGUCCGUCAGGCCGAGCAGGUGCGAGACGGGACGCCUUGCUUCAACGUCACCUCCAACGAUGUUUGCGUGGAAGGACGAUGUCUAACCGAGGGCUGCGACGGCACUCUGGGCUCCGGCUCUGUGAUGGACAAAUGUGGGGUCUGCGGUGGGCGGGACUCCUCCUGUCAAAGGGUGACGGGCAGCUUCCAUAAUGUCACGGUUCCCCUUGGUUACCACAAGAUCCUGGACAUCCCGGCCGGAGCCACCUUCAUUAACAUCACAGAGAGACGAGCCAGCCCGAACUACCUGGCCAUGAGGAGUGGAACUGGAGCUUCUGUUGUGAACGGGCGCUGGGCUGUGGACCCUCCGGGGGAAUACCAAGCUGGGGGGACUACCUUCACAUACGCUCGACCGAGGGUGCAGGCGGAGGGGGAGGAAGAGAAAGGAGAGUCCCUGAAGGCCCCGGGACCCACUAGCACUCAGCUCCAGCUCUAUAUCAUUUUCCACCAGCAGAACCCCGGCAUCGACUACGAGUUCUACGUCCCUGUGGACAAGAAGAAGGAGGCGGAGAGGCCGGCGGACCGGGAGACACCAAGAGAGGCUUCCAGGGACAAGCUGUGGGAGCGGGAGCCAUCAAGGGCAUCCCUUCGCAGUCCCCUCACCGUGUCAGUAGAAGACCCUCUUCCUGCUCCUCCCCCGGUUUCCGUCCCUUCUUACCCCUCGUCCUCCUCCAUGUUUGUGCCCCCCUCGUCUGAACAAUGGGUUCCUGAGAGGUCGCGACCCCGGGCCAACGCGCCCAAUAGGAAUGCUCGGAUCCCGCCUCGCACCGACCUGCCGCUGGACACCCAGCCGCCUUUCGUGUGGAGGAGAGGCGCCCUCUCCGAGUGCUCCGUGUCCUGUGGCAAAGGUUAUCAAUCUCGGGAGAUUUUAUGCAUCAACCGCCACGACGACGAGGUGGUCCCAGGGAGGAAAUGUGACUCUGCAGCUAAGCCGGUCCCAGAGGAGGAGCCUUGCAACACACACGCAUGUCCACCUUUCUGGGAGGCCAGCGCUUGGUCGGAGUGCAGUGUGUCGUGCGGCCCCGGCAUGCAGCAGCGUCAGCUCCAGUGCAGACAGAGCUUUGGCAACCGCUCCACCAUGGUUCAUCCCCAACGUUGUGCCAAUCUCACGCCGCCUGAGUCUACACAAGCCUGCCAACUCCAGCUGUGCUCACACUGGGAGGUCAGCUCGGAUUGGAGCACGUGCUCAGUGGACUGCGGGCUGGGCAGUAGGACAAGGAGCGUGCGUUGCGUCAGUGAUCAAGGCAGCGUCGUCAGCGAUAAAGAAUGCAACUCCAGGAUCCAGCCGAUGGGGAGCGAGGAGUGCAACAUGGGGCCCUGCGUGACCAACUGGUACUCGUCUGCCUGGUCCAGCACGUGCUCGGCACAAUGUGGUCCAGGCGUGCAGAAGCGGGAGGUGGUGUGUCUGACACGUGGGGGCCUCCGAGAGGGCGAGGGAGGCGGGGCCUGUGUCGGGGACAAACCGGCGGAGAUGAAAGCCUGCAACGGGGGUCCGUGUGUGUCCAUCACCAUGUGGUACAGCAGCCCAUGGACGCAGUGCAACGUCCCGUGUGGAAAUGGAACUCAGCGAAGAGAAGUCAUUUGUGUCCAGAGGAGCGGGAACGAUUUCACGGUGGUCCCGUCUGCGGAAUGUGUUCAGAUGGACAAACCCUCAGCUGUGCAGGAGUGUGAGAUGGGAGCGUGUCAAUCGCAGUGGUUCACUACAGAGUGGAGUGCGUGCUCGCGCUCGUGUGGGACGGGUCUCCAGAUGAGGGAGGUGCGCUGCCUGACCCCAGACAGGAAGCACGCUCCCAACUGUGACGCCCACGUGAGGCCCGAACAGGAACAAACCUGCAACAUCUCACCUUGCAGCCCACACGUCACAGACGAGAACUGCAGGGACCGCCGGCACAACUGCGUGAUGGUGGUGCAGGCCCGCCUCUGCGUCUACUCCUACUACAAGAGCGUGUGCUGCGCCUCGUGCACGCACAGCGCCCAGCGGGCAAAGAGACACUGACCGGGGGGUCAAAGGUCGCGCGGGGCAGAGUAGAGAGCGCCUGUCUCGCAUUCAGUCCCUCUCUUCCAGGUGUGAACAUUUUUUACAGCGUGUCAGGUGAGACCCGACCUCCUUCCUCAUGGCUUUCGAGAGAGUCCUCCUCACCUCCCGGGAUCUCACAGGGGGAGGCGUGUCACGCACACCAGGGGGUGGGACUCUUGGGGCACUGAACGAUUCCUGGGGUGACGAUUCGAUUCAACACAAGUCUUGAUUCAAACCGAUUCGCUCAAUGUAUUAUCCCAAUGCUUUUUUUCACCAAGUGCAACCUCAAAAAGCACUUUUCUCUCCAAGUACCACCAUAAUGACCAACAUCAAAAUACGGUAGCAUAGUGGGCCUAAGUAAUCAUCAAAAACAAGGUAAUUAUAUUUAAUAUUUUUGGCCACACAUUUUGAACAGCAACACUGUGUUUGAAUAUUUAAAUAAGUGACUCUUUGGCUACCACUAGUUUGAGAAUCACUGUAUUCUUUGGUAUAGUAAUUAUAAUGAAGCUUUUUCAAAACAGGUACAGGUUAGAAAAGCUCAUUCUGGUUGCACUGAGAUGCCUACAAAUGUAUUUUUAAAAAUAGAUUUUUAGUUUAAAUAUAUAUUUUUCGAAAACGAUGAAUCGAUUUAGAAUCGGGAUGAAUAAGAAUCGCAAUUCAAAUGCACACCACUCACUCUGACACGAGGCACAAAGUGUGCGCAAGGACCUAGCGGACUAGGUCUAGAGUACUGUAGGUACAGUAUUCCUUCAUUCAGCCACAUUGGCUUGACGCUCGACGACUCUCGAUGUUUGUUUGCCAAAAAGAAAAAAGUUCCCUUCGCCGUAAGUUCAGUACAGUUUGUUCAAAACCACCGUAGUACAGUAAUGUGGUGAGUGUGGCAGGAAGUGACCAAAUAUAGGCAGAAGGAAGCAGGAUAUAAACACACAACACAUGAAUUACAUAGAGUAGUUAGAGUGUGAUAAUAAUUACACUAUUAUAAGUCUACAGCAGGGGUGUCCAAAGUGCGGCCCGAGCUCAUUUUCUUAUCGUCCCGCGGGUAUAGAUGGGUAGUGUUCACAUUAACGGUAGCAAUUUUUGGUACUUUAGUGUGUGUUAAUAAAUAUAAAUUGUUUUUGAUUUUUUUUUUAAAUCACAUUUUUAUUGUAACAUUUAAAAAUGAGCUGAUAAUGACAACUCUUGUCCAGUUGUUACAUCUUGUUUUAUUAUCAUUUGCAAGUAUGACAUGAAGUUGUAAAUACAGUUGCAAGUCCAAGACGUUAGAUGGCAGUAGUGUAUAGUUUAUGGUGUGUUGUUUUUUUGUUGCGCCUUACAAAGUGUUAAUACUGUAAGUAUUGGGAUUAUCACGCGCCAGCUGUUUGAUUGUCUUAGUUGUAGUUUUCAUUAAUAAAAUUUAAAACCGCCAUGUAAAAUCGCUAAUGCUAAUCAAUAGCAAAGCCAAUGAGUAUUAGCAUCAAGCCAGCGCGUUUUUUUUUGGAAAUGUGGAACUUUACUCACGUUGGGGCAUUUUUGGAGUCCGUUGCUUUGUUGGCAUUGAGAUUUGCAACAAGUUUGGCGGAGUCCGCUCUCAGUGCUGCUGGAGUGAUCGCCAAGUGGCACCGUUGGAUUUUACGUCAACCGGUGCCCGAUAGGACCGGCGGGAUUCGGUCAGUGCCCAAAAAAAAAGUACCGGAUUUGGAACCCAUCCCUACAAUUGAAAAAUAUUACAAAGGAAAGGCAUACAAAGUGGAAUAAAAGAGCAAACAGCUGAAAUGUAACGAGAAAAAGUCGCGGUGUUGACUUUAAUAACACAAAGCUGUUUUUACAUUUAAAACUGGCAUAAAAACGUAUAAUCUGAUCUGAAGUUGCAAGUAAAAAUCAUAUAUAUUGAUAUAUGACUCAUUUCCAACACUUUUAUGAGUGAGCCUUUAUCAUGAACUUGUUCAAAAAUUAAUAAUGAAUCAAAAUCAAGGUUAUGAAUUAUUGACAUAUUGAAAGCUCCGAUUACUUCGCAUCAAAUAUUCCACUUUGAGCAUUUAGGGGGGUAUUGGAUAUGUUGUGUUUUUGCCAUAAAAAACAGGUUUUCUUUAACAAAAAGGGCAUAAACCAGGGGUGUCAAAAAUGGUGUGGACAAAAAUCUACCCCCAAGUGGGCCGGACUGGUAUAAUCACGGCGCGAUAACUUAAAAACAAAGACAACUUCAGAUUGUUUUCUUUGUUUAAAAAUAGAACAAGCACAUUCUGAAAAUGUGCAAAUCAUAAUGUUGUUGGGGGUUUUUUUUUACACUUACAUGUUUCGGUUAAUAGUAUUCUAUCUUUAUUUGUCUUAAAUUAUGUGAUAAUGUUCAUCAGUCAACUCAUUGAUGUUAAUUUUCAAUCUAUCAAGAUAAAAAAGAUAAUAUCAAAAUAAAAUUACAAGAUGUUAUUUAUGUCCUGUAUUUUUCGGAGUAUAAGUCGCACCGGCCAAAAAUGCAUAAUAAAGAAGGAAAAAAACAUAUAAGUCGCACUGGAGUAUAAGUCGCAUUUUUUGGGGAAAUGUAUUUGAUAAAACCCAACACCAAGAAUAGACAUUUGAAAGGCAAUUUAAAAUAAAGAAUAGUGAACAACAGGCUGAAUAAGUGUACGUUAUAUGAGGCAUAAAUAACCAACUGAGAACGUGCCUGGUAUGUUAACGUAACAUAUUAUGGCAAGAGUCAUUCAAAUAACUAUAACAUACAGAACAUGCUAUACGUUUACCAAACAAUCUGUCACUCCUAAUCGCUAAAUCCCAUGAAAUCUUAUACGUCUAGUCUCUUACGUGAAUGAGCUAAAUAAUAUUUUUUGAUAUUUUACGGUAAUGUGUUGAUAAUUUCACACAUAAGUCGCUCCUGAGAAUAAGUCGCACCCCCGGCCAAACUUAUAGUCCGAAAAAUACGGUAGUUAUGUAUUUUUGUUUUACAUAUGUAGCAUCAUCUACAAAGAAUUGCUAUUGCGACAUCUAGUGGACAGAUUUAGAACAGCAGUUUCUCUCAUUCAAAAAUUUUGGCUCGUUUUUAUACUUAGCAAACUCAUCCCGCGGGCCGGGUAAAACCUGUUCGCGGGCCGUACGUUUGACACCCCUGGCAUAAACCAUUAAAAAAUAAUUCAAGUGGUGUCACUGGGUAGAUCUGAUGUUGAUCUGUAGAUAUAGUAAUGUUGAAAGUUAAAAAGGACUUCAUUGACUGGGACUCGUUUGGGUCCAUGGGACCUUUACAGUCACCUAAAUUGAGGGGAGCCCCAAAUGGUUACAAUAAAUAUUGUAGUCAUUUUGGAAAUGAUAAAUAUGAAAGUGACCCCUGCGUGCUUUCAUUUGUCAGUUUUGGACACCCCUGUUCUGCUUCAUGUUCCACCCCUUUAAGGGGAACUGCACCUUUCUUCUUAUUUUUUUUGCCUAUCGUUCACAAUUAUAAUGCAAUACAAUAGCACACGUCUUUUUUUUUUUUUAGGAUUUUAAAGAUGGUAAAAAAAAACGCUUGAUAGAUGUGACUAAUGGAAGUUAGUGUUGUAGCCUUCAAAGUCGCCUCCAUUAAAGUUGUAUAUACACACUGCAAGUAUAUAUAUGAUGUAGUAACACACACCUUCAUAACAAUAUGUAAAAUGUUCAAUAUUUACCGUAUUUUUAUCAUUUUAAUCAUUUCUUCCGCGCAUUGAUUUCUUUUUCCACAGCAGCGCACUUCCGACUCUCGGGAACCAUUUGUGUUCCUACUUCCGGAAUCAAACACGCGUGUGUUUUCUAAUCAUGGCAGACUUGCUAACAGACAACAAAGACGACUAUUUUUGGAUAAAUUAUGAUCUACAAUCUAGCUAAGUAUACUGCUGCUUAUAGAAGCCAGCACAAAGGAAGAGUGAGACGUUGGAGCAGACCGAAGCCGAGAGAGGGGGAUAAAAGCGACUUUGACGCUAUAAAUAUGGAAGCCAAGCUAUUUCGACGUAAAUGGAUUGCUUACCCAAAAUGAACAGGAAACAUCCCCAGCUAGGUGGACCAGACAAACAACUGUCUAUGGCAGGGGGCCCCAAACUACCGGAUCCGGACCGUCAGCGUCCAAAAUCCGGCCCACGGGAAGUCCCAAGUUAAAAAAAGAUAAUUAUAAUUUAAUUUUUUAAUCUGUCAUUUCGAAUCCAUUUUCUACCACUUGUUACUCUCGGUGUCUCCUAGCUGCUCAGACAAACCAUAUUGUCUAAAAAUGCAUUUUCCCAUCGAUAACGUGACAUCAUCAUGCUUGGAAUAAAUAAAUAAAAAUUUAAAAUAUAUAUAUAUAUACAGAACCGCCCCCGGUCAAAUUUUUUAACCCAAUUCGGCCCCCGAGUCAAAAAGUUUGGGGACCCAUGGUCUAUGGAAUGAGUCACUUUAAUAUCGGCCAUGCCACACUUUGCUUUUUCGACAUAAAUGGAGUGCUUCCCCAAAUAAACCGGAAAAUAUGUCCUCGGCCAGCUGGACCAGACAAACAACUGUCUGUGUUGCAGGGUUCCCCAAACUACGAUCUACUACAGAUCCGGCCCGCCAGCAUCCAAAAUCAAGCCCGAGGGAAGUCCCAAAUUAAAAAAAAAAAAAAGUUUUAUUUUGUUAUUAUUCUUUUUUUAAAUCUAUCAUUUUGAAUCCAUUUUCUACCGCUUGUUACUCUCGGUGUCUCCUAGCCGCUCAGGCAAAUCAUAUUGUUUAAAAAUGCAUUUUCCCAUUGAUAACGUGACAUCAUCGCGCUCUGAA